AUGCAGAAUCUUACAAGAACCAUGAUGAACAUUGCCCAGCUUGCUGGUCCUAUAGUCGGCGGUGCAUUGUACGAAGUCGGUGGUGUUAAGACUCCCUUUAUCCUCAUGGGCGGAAUUCAAACUUUUAUGGCCUUUAUGGCAUUACCCUUUCUUCCCGAUUAUGACGUGUCACAGUAUGACGAGGGAUCGACUAAAACUCAAUCGCCAUUGGCUAUUUUGUGUAUUCCAUCCAUUUGGAUCCCGUUCUUCACGUUCAUCGUAUCGACAUGUCGAACGGGUUCCUCUCGAUCAACCUUGAACCGCAAGUGUUGCUUUGAUUUGACACCAUUUUACGUGGGUAUCUUUUUCGAACUGAAAGACGGUGCCAACAGUAUAGCCAGCCCUAUUUGGGGAUACUUGUGCGAUCGCCGUGGACCUGUGAAGCUCUGCCUUUUUUCCAGUACCAUGAUCGUAGCCUUGUCCAUAUUUUUACGGGCGCCUUUUCGCUUCGUUCCUAUUGAUCGGUACUUUUGA